GGAGAUAUCAAAAAAAUGAAAUUUAUGCCCAAGAUGCAUGAGGUAUCUACAGCAAUCCUCAGUGAAGAAGUAUUGCUUUUCUGGACCAAGAUUCUAUAGCUUCAACGAUGACAGAACUUGAAUCAGCUGAAAGCGGCAUGUGAAGGAGACAUGUGGAAUGUUCAUCACAGUUGAUGUUUAGAGAAAGCCGAACUCUCCCUGCACGCAUCCUCUUCCACUGCCAGAUCUCUGUAAAUGCAAUCAUCUUGUCUACAUUUGAGUGUAGUAAUUCUGCAGUUUUCCUACCAGUGAAUUAUCAUAAGGAUCUGGACUGUGUUUGUUUGGUUACCACAAGAAGCCUCUUGACUCCCCACAGAGACCCAUUGGAGUUCACCCCAAGAAUUCAGAAAAAACUAUUCAUUAAUUAUGUGGCAGUUGGUGAUAGUCAUGAGUUAGUUCACUUGAGUUUAAAAUUAGUUGCUGAAAAUCAGGAUAUUGUGGUCCUGUUCUCCUGAGCUCUCCACUCUGAUACAAACCUGAAAGAAGAGUAAAUGAGACAGAAGAACAAUCUUACAGAAUUUGUCCUCCUGGGCUUUUCUCAGGAUCCUGGUGUGCAAAAAGCAUUAUUUAUCAUGUUUUUACUCACAUACUUGGUGACAAUGUUGGGGAACCUGCUCGUUGUGGUGAUUAUUAUUGCCAGCCCUUCUUUGGGCUCCCCAAUGCACUUCCUACUCGCCUGCCUGUCAUUUAUAGAUGCUGUGUAUUCCACCGUUAUUUCUCCUGUAUUGAUUGCAGACUUACUCUGUAAUAAAAAGACUAUUUCCUUCCCAGCUUGCAUGGGCCAGCUCUUUAUAGACCACUUGUUUGGUGGCACUGAGGUCUUCCUUCUGGUGGUGAUGGCCUAUGAUCGCUAUGUGGCCAUCUGUAAGCCCCUGCACUAUUUGACCAUCAUGAAUCGACAGGUUUGCAUCCUUCUGUUGGUGUUGGCUGUGACUGGAGGUUUUGUUCAUUCUGUGUUUCAAAUUGUUGUUGUGUACAGUCUCCCUUUCUGUGGCCCCAAUGUCAUUGACCACUUUUUCUGUGACAUGUACCCGUUAUUGGAACUGGCAUGCACUGACACCUACUUUAUAGGCCUCGCUGUGAUUUUCAAUGGUGGAGCAAGCUGUGUGGUCAUCUUCACCCUUCUUCUAAUCUCCUACGGAGUCAUCCUAAACUCCCUUAAAACUUACAGUCAGGAAGGGAGGCGUAAAGCCCUGUCUACCUGCAGCUCCCACAUCACAGUGGUUGUCCUGUUUUUUGUUCCCUGUAUUUUCAUAUAUAUUAGACCCGUUUCAAACUUUCCUAUUGAUAAAUUCAUGACUGUGUUUUAUACAGUUAUCUCACCCAUGUUGAAUCCUUUUAUAUACACAUGGAGAAAUUCAGAGAUGAGAAAUGCUAUAGAAAAACUCUUGUGUAAAAGUUAACUAUAGUUAGAAUAAGAGUGUCCCUCCUCAUGUAGAUAAGGAGGUAUGUAGACAAGGUCUUCUCAGUGAAAUUUUCAGUCUUCUAAGGGAUAUUGGAGAAUUGCAAAGUGGAAGACAGGAUUUAGAUGCUCCUAGCUCAAUUAAGAAAUCAUCCCAUCAUGGCAU